CUCGCACUAGUUUAACCGCAGCGAUGCCACACAGUGGAUGAUCUCAGUUUCGACGCUUUUCCCGAGGAAUUUCAAUCGAGAGCGGAUAAUUAUUAGCCGAUAAAUUUCGUCGAAUUAAGUACGAGCCGCGAGUGUACAGAGGAAAACAGCAAAAAUCUGAGGAAGCCUGGCAUCGGAGCAGCCGGUGGAGGAGGAAACUGCCACUAAUACAGUAAGCUGUAAAGUCGGCCAUAUUGCGCGCGGCUGCGAGAGAGUAGAGCUCGCCGAAGAUUCCUGCAGCGCAGCAGCUUACGCCAUAUUUGCCGCAGUAGCAGUUCGGAGUUGGCUCUGCAAUAACCUGGAGGUAGAUCCCGUUGUGAGUGACCGAGUACCGCCGCACCGAGAGUUGGUAGCGAGACGAGAGCCGCGCGGCUUUUCUCUCUCUCUCUCCAGGAGACAAGCGCCGAUCAACAACAAUAACAAUCAGCGUCGAAUUACUUUUUCUACGUAAUACACGCUUGUAACAGCUCCGUUUUGAGGCGAACAAGCUAGGUAUGGACUCCAAAGGGGGAAUGAAGACGUACGUGCGUAGGAGAAAGGGCGACAGCCCGAGCAACGUUAUCAUACACCUGAACGAGCUCUGUCGGCUCUGUCUGGCCAAAGAGGAGGAGAUGGUGCCGAUCUACGACGAGGACGCGGUACCGCUACCGCUCAGGAUCAUGGCUUGCGUUAACCUCGAGGUAUACGAAGAAGAUGGACUUCCAAACAUGAUAUGCCACCCUUGCAAGUACCAGUUGGAAAAAUCCUACCAAUUUAAGAAGAAAUGCGAAGCAGCUGAUGCAAAAUUGAGAAAACACGUCAAACUUAUUCAACAACUCAGCGGCCAAGAGGAUGACGAUACCAGAAGCCAAGAUUCCCGUUCAGAAAGUGAACACACACAAUCUAGUGGAAAGUCUAGAAGAGUGAAACAGUUGUUGGCUGACUUGGUAUCAUCAAAACCAGAUGCAUCUAAUAGCCAAGAAGAGGGUGAUCCCAUUGAAGUAACGGAAGAAGAACUUGUAGGCGGUUACAUAUUGGGAAUGGGUGCUGAAAAUGCUGACUUAGAAGACAAUCUUUCGGAAGAUCCAGAGAAUAUAACUUUAGUACCAGCUGAAGAAAGGUCGGCGAAAGCCCGCUGCACAAUUAGAGGAACAAGAAUCAAACAAGAGCAGGAAUCGGAUGAAGAAGCUGAUGAAAUUCAGAGAACUAUUGUUAAUUCGGAUGGUCAGAAAAUGUAUGUGAUGGAAAUUCAAAGCCCACAACAGAGCCAGCCACAAAUGCAGCAAACUGUACAUCCACCUAUUGUUGAAAGUGGAGAAGAGCUCAAGGUAUUCCAGUGUGACAAAUGUCCUAAGGCCUUCACACGAAGAAUCAUGCUCAAGAGUCAUCAGUCGGUGCACAGUACUCAAAGAGGUUUCACUUGCCAAGCUUGUGAAAAAUGGUUCCCAACGCGAUCUGCUUUAGUAAGACACGAACGUACUCACACUGGAGAGAAGCCGUUUGGUUGCAAUAUUUGCCAUCGCGCCUUUGCUCAAAAAGAAAUUCUCCUUCGUCAUUUAAUGACUCACUCUGGUCAAAAGCCCUUCCAAUGUCAGCAUUGCGAAAAAAGUUUCACUCAGCGCGAAGCGCUCAAGGUUCACAUGCGCCGCCAUCAAAAACUUAAUCCAAAUGACAUUCAACUGCAUCAUUGUCAGUUGUGUCCAAAAGCUUUCUGCCACGCAUCAGGUCUUAGUAGGCAUUUAGUCACCCAUACUGGCAGAACCUACAAGUGUGUUGAAUGUGAUAAAUCGUUUACUGAUAAGAGUUCCCUUUUGAGACAUAGUCGUAUUCAUGCGCCCAAACCAAUGAUGACAAAUCAAAUUUAAUUUUAUUCAUGGUUUUUUUACAAAUAUUUAUCACACUGAACUGAUUAUCUUAUGUACAGUAGUUUAGGUCUAUGAACAAUCAGUUUUUCAAAUCAUGUACAUGCAUAAAUUUUCAAAAUCCAAACAAAAUGAUUGUUUCAAAGCAUACGUGUUUUGGUUAUUUAACAUUUGAAACGAUGUUACAUGGAAUCCAUAUGCUUUUAAGAUAUAUUUUUAUAACAUUGAUAAUUGUACCAUUAGAGCCAAUGUAUAAAUUAGUUUGAGCUUUUAUUUGCUUAGUACUAUAUAUAGAUCCUAUUGCUAUAACUUUCAGUAUGAGUGAUUAUAAUAUCCUAUGACGUAUUGUAAUGCGAUUCAUUUAAGAAGGAUUUUUUCGUUCUGAAUACAAGAUUGUGUGAAUUCAACUUCUUAAUACACGGAAAAACUUUUGGCACUCUGGGUAGUCCGAAACUCUUGGAGUCUAAGAGAUUCCACUUUUGGACCUCUGGGGCCCUCAUUCUGGCAUGCCAGGCCGAGACGGGCCGAGAUGCAGGCUUCCCCACCACCGUUUUCUUCGCGUGCGUAAACACGCUCGCGUGUUGGGGAAAUGGCUCACAUUCGGGAAUUGGGCGCCCCCAGGGUUACAAGUUGGAGUCUCUGUACAUCCGAGAAUCUCGGAUGUACAGAGCUUGCAAAAUAAUAUAGCGUAGAGUCGCAACCGCGACGUGAGGACUCCAAAUAAAUUAUGUGUAUAAUUUUUAGAGCUCCCAGGGUACCUAAAGUUUUUCCGUGUAGUUGUCAACAAAGUGAAUUAUUGCAAUGAUAUAACGCACAAAGCCCGCAUUGUACUUUGAGUCAUUAAUUUUCAAUUUUAACAAGAUUUUAUUUCAGUAGAUGUUUUUUGUACUCAUUUUAAUAUUAUAUAUUGAUAAUAUUAACUUUAAUUUUAAUUUUUUAAUUCAUUAUUAACAAUAUUGAUGUUUUUACUUAAUUAUAUUAGUACUAGACAGUGUAUCAAAAGUUUCAAGCCUUUGUUCUUUUGCUAACAAAAGAUAUCUACUUGUCUUAAAAAUUAGUGACUCAAGAGUAUGACACUGAUUAUUACUUAAUACUUGUAGGUCAUCUGUGGAAUUUAAAGUUAAAGUCAAAUAAAAGCUCAAAUCUAAUAGCUAAUUAUAAAUAUUUACAAAGAUUUUAUGAACUUUUUUGUGUGAAAAUCAAAUUCUUUUAUUGCAAUCAGUUACAAUCAAACUGAUAAAUAGCAGUGGCAUCUUUCAUAAUUUUGUAUAUUAGCGCUCUAUGUAACAUUAUAGAUACUAGAAAUUAGUGUUUUGCUUAGUGGUAUAGUUUUUAAGUAAAAACAAAGCUUUGUCAAAUAGAGCUUAUUGAUUAAUUUGAUAGAAAAUAUGUGUUGGCUAGUAAAAUUUGCUUUGCUAACAGUUAUUUUCAAUAAAAGAAAUAAUGAUUUUCAUUAAAGGCCGAGUAACGAUAAAAAUUCGUUAUUAUAUUCGAUGGAAAUGUAUUUCAGACGCUAAAUGAUUAAUGAUAUUAUUUCAUCUUAUAUUCUUACAUGUAGUUAUAUCCAUUUUGUAUAUGUAUAUAUAUAAUUAUAAAUAUAUGAACUUUACAUCAAACUGGAAAAUACUAUAUGUAGAAUUUGAUAUAAUAAUAAUAAUAAUAAUAAUAAGUCGACAUCUUUUGAAGGUCUGAGCUAUUGGAACUUUUUUCAAAACAAGCUGGAAAUAUAAUAUAGAAAUAUUUAUGAAAGUUUUGUGUACGAAUAAAAACUAUUCUAAGUAAAUAAA